AUGGAUGGGCCACUGGGCAAAAGUUUGAAGCUCUUGGGGUACCAAGGCCACACCAUCACUUUCUUGCUGCCGGCAAAGGUUCAGAAAGACCUUCAACAUUCGAAUCUCCACCCUAAUUUUAUCACCCUCCAUCACCUUACAAUUCCUCACGUCAAUGGCCUCCCUCACGGCGCCGCAAAUGCGUCGGAGAUAUCCCUCUCUUUACACCAUCUCCUUGGUGUUGAGUCAUUGAUGAGUGAUUGUCAGAUAGUUUUGGUGCCACAGUUGGGUGACCAAAUCCUCAACACAAGGCUAAUGGCGGAAGAGCUGAAGGUUGGUGUGGAAGUUGAGAGAGAAGAGAAUGGUUGGCUCUCAAAAGAGAAUUUGCGCAAGGCCAUUAAGAGUGUGAUGGAGGAAGAAAGUGAAGUGGGUAAUUUGGUGAGACAGAACCAUGCAAAAUGGAAGGAUUCAUUGAUGAAUCCGGGGUUCAUGAAUGCUUAUUUUGACAAGUUUGCCAAAGCUAUACAAGAGCUUGUUGAUAAGUGA